AUGACAAAUAAAGAUGGAAAAACAGAUUCUCAACAGGACAAAAGCUCCAGGGCACUCCCCAUGGCAAUAAUGAUUGUUGUGCUGUGUGGAUUUUCUUUCUACCUUGGUGCAAUUUUCGGUUCUGCAAACGACAGUUAUCCCACUCGAGAGAUCGCUAAAGCCUUUGGAGCUUCCAAAGAAUCAGUUGUGGGCUCACACCGAGUCGAAACCGUAAACUUUACCGAGUGCACCUCGGAUUUUCAAGACUACACUCCUUGCACCGAUCCGAGGAGGUGGAGAAAAUAUAGUAGGCAUCGACUUUCUUUUCUCGAGCGGCAUUGCCCGCCGGUUUUCGAGAGAAAAGAAUGUUUAAUUCCACCACCGGACGGUUACAAGCUACCGAUCAGAUGGCCGAAAAGCCGCGACGAAUGUUGGUACAGGAAUGUGCCUUAUGAUUGGAUCAACAGACAAAAAUCAAACCAGCACUGGCUGAGAAAAGAAGGGGAGAAGUUUUUUUUCCCUGGUGGUGGGACUAUGUUCCCUAACGGUGUGGCUCGAUAUGUCGAUUUAAUGCAGGAUUUAAUUCCUGAGAUGAAAGAUGGGUCCAUACGAACUGCUAUUGAUACUGGAUGUGGGGUUGCGAGUUGGGGUGGUGAUCUUCUCGAUAGAGGGAUCUUGACCGUCUCUUUAGCCCCGAGAGAUAAUCAUGAAGCUCAAGUUCAGUUCGCUUUGGAACGUGGGGUACCUGCUAUGCUCGGCAUAAUAUCGACUCAAAGACUUCCUUUUCCUUCAAAAUCCUUCGACAUGGCACAUUGCUCGAGAUGCCUUAUUCCAUGGAAUGAAUACGGUGGCAUUUACCUUCUCGAGAUACACCGAAUCCUUAGGCCCGGAGGCUAUUGGGUUCUCUCCGGGCCCCCGAUUAACUACGAGAGACGAUGGAAAGGAUGGAACACGACAGUCGAGCAGCAAAAAUCGGACUACGAAAAGCUCCAAAAACACUUAACCUCAAUGUGCUUCAAACUCCACGACAAGAAAGGUGACAUCGCCAUCUGGCAGAAGCUGCCCGACGACUCGAGCUGCUACAGUAAGCUCGAUGCACCGGAUAAUUACCCGCCAAAGUGUGAUGAUGGGACAGAGCCCGAUUCGGCCUGGUACACUCCCAUGCGGGCCUGUGUUAUCGAGCCCAGCCCAAAAUACAAGAAACUCGAGCUUAGCUUGCUGCCCAAGUGGCCAGAGAGGCUGAAGGUCACGCCCGAGCGUGUGGCCGAUAUUCGCGGUGGAAGUGCAGGUUCUUUUAAAAAAGAAGACGAUAAAUGGGAAAAACGGGUGAGAGAAUACGUUAAGUGGGUCCCAGCUAUAGAAACGGGCGAGAUAAGGAAUGUGAUGGAUAUGAACACUGUUUGGGGAGGUUUUGCAGCGGCCUUGAUCGAUUAUCCUUUGUGGGUUAUGAACGUUGUUUCGUCAUAUGCACAGAAUACACUUACGGUUGUUUUCGACAGAGGGCUCAUUGGGACUUAUCACGAUUGGUAA